AUUUUCGGAUGCCCUGGCCUGUUUUCAUUUUCUUUGCUGUGUAUCCUUCCUUUCUUUUGUUUGUUAACCUAAAAAUAGGCUGAUUGUUCUGGGGGAAAAGGCUUGGAAGACAUUCUGAAAGUCCCAAACGAAUCAAAAGGCUGCAUGAAUAAACCGGAGCUGAAGACUCGAUUAGAUACAUUUAUUCAUGUUACCCUCUGGAAAUUGACGGGCUUGGAGUUUUGUUGUUCCCAGCUGAUGAGAUAUACCCUGUGGCGGAGGGAGGAGAAAACAGUCAGUCUUUGUAGGCGGAGCUUGAAUGUCCCGAGACAGAGUUCAUCUAAUGACAUUUUCACAUCACACAGCCGCUCACGUUUUUUCCGUUAGCUCAUCUUCUCCUUGACCGCAUCACAAAUAGAUUCAAUGAAGACGGCGCAGCUCUUUUCUUUAUUCCUUGAGAGCGCGCAGAGCGGCGUCUUGUUUCUCUCUUUGGCAAAACUCUGGCCAAGACCAACUGCGAAAGUCAAUGCUCUCGAAAUUCGCCUGCCUUUAGGAGUUUGCUUCCUCGUUUUUAUUUGUUUGCAUGCGUUACUAGUCAUGUGUGAGUCAGAUGAAGGGAGUGAGUUUGCCUACAUAAUGAAGUUGAUAGAAAAAGGCAAGGUUACCAUUAAGAAUAUUGAACGAGAGCUCAUCUGCCCGGCAUGCAAGGAGUUAUUUACUCAUCCACUGAUCCUCCCUUGUCAGCACAGUAUCUGUCACAAAUGUGUAAAGGAAAUUCUCUUCUUCACACUUGAGGAUUCUUUCACUGAUCUAGGCUCUGAAUCCUCCAAUCAAAGUAGCCCUCGUAUUCGAAUCCAUUCUCCUAGUUUGGAUAGAAUUGACAGGGUUAAUAGAUCAGGCUGGAAACGCAAUUCACUGACUCCUAGGACGACCAUUUUUCCUUGUCCUGGCUGCCGGCAUGAUGUGGAUCUGGGAGAACGUGGCAUCAAUGGCUUAUUUCGAAAUUUCACCCUGGAAACUAUUGUGGAAAGAUACAGGCAGGCAGCCAGGGCAGCCACUGCUAUCAUGUGUGAUGUCUGCAAACCUCCACCUCAAGAAUCUACAAAGAGUUGCAUGGACUGCAGUGCAAGCUAUUGCAAUGAAUGCUUCAAAAUACAUCAUCCUUGGGGAACUGUAAAAGCUCAGCAUGAGUAUGUAGGACCAACCACUAACUUCAGGCCCAAGAUCUUGAUGUGUCCAGAACAUGAAAUGGAGAGGGUAAACAUGUACUGUGAAAUUUGCAGAAGGCCUGUAUGUCAUCUUUGUAAAUUGGGUGGGUCUCAUGCAAAUCAUAGAGUAACAACCAUGAGCACUGCCUACAAAACUCUCAAGGAAAAACUUUCAAAGGACAUAGAAUACCUCAUUAGUAAGGAGAGCCAGGUGAAAGGUCAAAUUUCUGAACUGGGUCUUUUAAUGAAAGAAACAGAGUGCAAUGGUGAGAGAGCUAAAGAAGAAGCAUCUAAUAACUUUGACAAGCUGUUUGAUGUUUUGGAAGAGAGGAGAUCAGCUGCUCUGAGGGCAAUUGAGGCUUCCAAGAACUUAAGACUAGAGAGACUCCAAACCCAAAUAGAGGAAUAUCAAGGACUUCUGGAAAACAGUGGUCUUGUGGGAUAUGCUCAAGAAGUGCUUAAAGAAACAGACCAAUCUUGCUUUGUUCAAACAGCAAAACAGCUCCAUAUUAGAAUUCAAAAAGCUACUGAAUCUCUGAAGAGUUUCAGGCCAGCAGCUCAAACUUCUUUUGAAGAUUAUGUGAUUGAUAUAACAAAGCAAGAAGAGGUUCUUGGAGAUUUGUCCUUUUACUCCAGUGGUCUAGAUGUACCAGAGAUCAAUGAGGAGAAGAGCAGAAUGUAUAAUAAAGCUUUGAUCUGUUGGGAACAUCUAGUGAAGGAAGAUUCAGCUGAUACCUAUAUCCUUGAAUACCGUAAACUUAAUAGAGAAGAGGAGAAUGCAACAUGGCAAGAGAUUGAAGCCUGCAGCAAGAGUAAAGUAAUCUCUGACCUUGAAAAUAACAGCAGCUAUGCCUUUAGAGUCAGAGGAUAUAAAGGAUCUAUCUGUAGCCCCUGGAGCAGGGAAGUUAUUUUACACACACCUGCAGCUCCAGUCUUUAGUUUUCUUUUUGAUGAUAAAUGUGGCUACAACAGUGAACGUCUCAUGCUGAAUCCAAGGAGAACCUCUGUGGAAAGUAGGGCUGGAUUUCCUUUGCUGCUAGGGGCUGAACGUAUCCAAGCAGGGUGUUACACAACUCUGGACUACAUCAUCGGAGAUACUGGAAUCACAAAAGGGAAGCACUUCUGGGCUUUUCAUGUGGAAUCUUAUUCAUUCUUGGUGAAAGUGGGAGUUGCAUCUAACACUAAACUACAAGAAUGGCUCCAUAAUCCCCGUGAUGUAACCAGCCCAAGAUAUGAACAAGACAGCGGUCAUGAUAGUGGGAGUGAAGAUACCUGCUUUGACUCAUCACAGCCGUUCACAUUGAUUACUUUAGGCAUGAAUAAAUUCUUUAUUCCCAAGGCACCUACUGCUCCCAAAGAUUCUGCAAAUAGAAUUCUUCCAAUGCCAUCUUGUAUAGGAAUCUGCCUUGACUGUGACAGAGGCAAAGUUGGAUUCUAUGAUGCAGACCACAUGAAAUGCCUCUAUGAGCGCCAGGUAGACUGCUCUGGUACAAUGUAUCCAGCAUUUGCAUUAAUGGGGAGUGCAGGAAUUCAUCUUGAGGAAGCCAUCACAGCAAAGUAUUUGGAAUAUCGAGAUGAUAUGUAGUGCAAAUAUCUACUGGUACUGUUUUUGAGAUGAAAAAUGUGAGCAGAAGGAUCUGCCGUAGCGUUAAGUCUUGAUCAAUUACAUCAUAUCUCCCAAGUGCUUUUGCUGCACUCAUGCUUUUGGGUCAUUUUUUAAUCACAGAAACAAAACUUGUUGUCCAACCUCUUCCACCUUUUUAUCGACUUAUAGUGCCCAUGAGGACAUUCUUCCAGUCGCUCUUCUGCCUUUCUUUCUUUGUGUGGUGAAACUUGCUCUUCAGAGUUUGAUUAGCAACCUAAUUGUCUGUCUUGAGCUGGAAACCUGUUUGUUAUAUAAUUUAUAUCCUUACUUAGCUGGCUCUGCUGGUUUCAUUUUUUUUUUUUUUUUAAAUGGAGUCAGGGCCCACAUAAUAGUGCAUUUAUUGUGAUUAUCUUUUGUGUGUCCUUUUAUUUUAAAAGAAGUUUGUCUGAAUGCAUUUGAGUGAUCAGCAUUUUUGUAACUGACUCAUGAGCACCAGUGAGAGAGAUUUUUCUAUGCUAAAUAAUGUUUGCACCAAUGGAAAAUGCAAAGCAGUAGGAAAUCAGAACUGCACUAAAUAGGUUAUAUUUGAUGUGUGGAGGGGAAUUAUUGUAUCUGAUAUACAUUUAGAUUGACUAUAAACUAAAAUUAUGACUUCCAGAAACUGGUGAAUAACUGUACAAGUGGUUAAUAACGAGGUUCUUAAAUGUCUUUACUAUCCCAGGUUUUUAGUAUGGACUGUGUAAAGUAUAUUUAAAAAAGUGCAAUUUGUCUUGAAUCAUUGGUCUUCAACAUCUAUCAAACUCGGUUAUCGGUAUGUAUAAUACUGGUUCCUGGUCUUUUGCUGGGCGAAAACAAAUAAAGAACUGACAGAAAUGAUAAAAUACAUUAACAACUUUUUAUUUAAAAAAAUUCAGGUCUUUCUGUUAAUAUAUGUUUUGUAAGUUUAACGUCUUCAAUAAAGGAUUGUUUUUAGUAAGAAUGUGUUAGAAAAAUGCACUGAUUACAUUUGAGACAUUCUUUGCCUUAAUGUGUUUGUUUAGCUCAAACAUUUUCUUGUUGUAUUAAAAUUUUCUAAUGUUGUGGUGUUUAUGUAUGUGCAAAAAUGGUUUAAGUAUGUGCACUGUUACCGUAGCUUAUAAGAAACAUCUAUCUCUAAAAUUGAAAAUACUCCUGAAAUAUAAGAUAUUUAAUAACUCA